CUCAGGCCCACCCCUUCCAGGCAAGUCUUUCCAAACCAACGGCCCCUUCUCUCGGUGCCAUGUGAAGCCCUGCGCCACCUUUGUGGUGGAUCCAUGGAUGGGGCUGGCUGUUUCCGGGCCUUGGUGGCGCUCUUGGACGUUUCUCCCCAGCACCGGUUGCUAGACAUGAGCGGCACCUGCAGCGGCAGUUUGGCGGAAGCCCUGCAUGCCGCUGGCCCUGGCCGGGGUCUUAGCCUUAGUGGUCAGGUGCCACCUGGGCUGCUGAUUGCCAAUGCCCCGCGGCCAGAGCUGCUGGAUGCCUUGGUGGCGGAGGUUCUUCCGAAGUUUCGGAGCCCUGUGGUGUUCACCUGCUGCCCGCCACAAAGCUUCCCGCAGAUUGCGGCUGCAAAGCAUCCAGUCACCCAAGAGCCGCCGGAGGUGCGUGAAGUUGUAUUGAAAUUUGAUCGGAUCAUGUGUGGAGUGAAUUGCAGCCAGUCAUCCAAGAAACAUCAACCCUGGCACAUGCAUCCUCUGCAACUUCGGACGCUGCAGCGUGGCUUGCAGUCACUGGCUCCUGGUGGGAAGCUCAUAUAUUUGACCCAAGGGAGCAAUUGCAUCGAAAAUGAAGCUGUCGUAGCUGCAUGUCUAUCAUCCCAAGCUUCUGAACUACAGCUGAAGUUGAUCCCAGCAUCUCACCACUGGACACCAGUCUCUGGAUGGCCUAUUUCCGAUGGCCACAUCUCUUGGAAUGUGCCAAGUCCUGACAAAAAAAACACCUGUAGUUUCACUUCCUGGGAGGAGGUGCCACAAGUACUUCGUGGUGGAAAGAUCUUGCAGACGAUGUUCCCACCCACGAGCACGGCUGAGUUGACAACUUCAGAGUUGCAGAAGUGCUUGCGCGGAACGAACGGCUCCAGCCAUUUCUUCCUUGCCAUUUUUCAGAAGGUCAACAGGUCACCCCCACAGGUCCCAGCUCCUUCGGCUGCCACCAUGGAUGGUAUUGGGUACCCACAGGCUACGUUGGCCACUGGCACCAGAGUAGUGGUCAGAGCCACAGGGGCUCCCGCCAUGGUGGUGGGGCCUGGGCAACGGGCCUUUAAGGGGUUGGUCAAGAUCCGGUAUCCAGACAGGAGCACCUACCACGUCGAGCUAGAGGACUUGGAGCUUCAGACUGGUGCAUGGCAGUCGUUGAGAACCCAUGGUUGUAAGUUGGCAAUGGUAGGCAUGGCCAGUUUGGUGCUUUCCAUAGUCACUGGUUGGAAUCGGCUGUAUCAUUGGCGCAGCCUUUGGAGCCCAUCUAGAUUGUUGCCGCUUUUGCUUGGGGCCAAGGCUAUGCGUGGGAGGAAGGUGCCCUCCGUCUUCCACUUGUCGGCGUCUUUCUUGGUCGCUUUCUUGGCAUGGCGGCUGCUUCACCGGAAACAGCUGCAACGGCCGGUUUCGGGGCCUGGCCCUGGCGCACGGUCAGUUGAAAGUCGCCCAGGUUCCAGACUGGUGAAGCGAUGUGCCAAGGUACCGGAUGCAGUGGUUUCCUUCGCUGACUUCUUUGGCUUAGAAUGCCCCAAGCUUCCAGCAUCACCUGGGGAUCAUAUGGGUUUGCUACAUCUUCCAAACUUGUGUUACAGGACUACGGACAAGCAGACUUUGUACUUGGUGUCCCCUGCCUUGUUUGAGCUGCGCGUCCCAGAGCUGCUACGCCACAGCCUUUGCGGCAUGCCCUUCCUGCAGCGUUGCGUUAGCAGCCAGGAGCUGAACCUGUGGGGCUGUGAGCUGCGCCCCACGCUGCAAGCUGCGCCGUUCCUCAGCGCGCUGGGAGCAAAACGAAAAAUUUGCUUGGAGAAUUUUGGAUGUUGGAGGAAGCUGCUGCAGGAUGGGAAGCUGAGAAUAAAAGAUUUGAAACCAGGGAGGCAGAUGGACAUGAAACCUGGGGCAGUGAUCCUGGUGGACAAGUCGGAGCUUCUCUUCCUGAUUGCCGUGCUUCAAUCCGACAGUUUGCAGAUCUUUCUUGAUCACAAAGCACGUCAGGACAUUGGAACUGUUCGGGAAAAGUGGUUGUGGUGAUUCUUGCACCCCGUUCUUCCUAACAAAUAUCAUGCAGGACCAGCUGAUAAGCUUGGCCGAGUUGGAAGCCGGAGCUUCAUGAGCCAUCAACCGCUCCCGCAUGGGCUCCUUCGGUAAGAAUCACACGGACAAGUGACAAGUUGACUCUAUCAACAACCUCCAGAAUCUGUCGGUUGGUGUUGCUGCGGCGAGAAUAUUUAUCUGUUGGAAAGAGACAUCGACUACAGCACAAGAUUAGAGCAGAACCAUGGCCGUGAAUGUCGGAGCCGAUGGUAUUGCACUGAAAUACGGAAACUGCGGGUUUCAAUGCUUCAGCGCUUGGAGAACCACCAUGGCCACAUGCUUGGUUGCUUCCCGAAGACGUGACGCGUCGGUCAGGUAAGUGUUUAGAUAUGUUUAGAUUAUUUUACCAUAUUCUACAUGUCAUUGAAUUUAUUUCAUGGACGCCCACUUGACCAAAUGAAAGCCAGAUGGAAAAA